UUAAAAGUUAAUGAGUAGUCGACCAACAUAUUUGUUUAGUGUUUUAUGACUAUAAAACUGUGUAUUUUCCUUAUUUCUAUUUUGCACAUUUAUUUUUAACCAUACAAACUGAUUAAAACAUGAGAAUCAUUUAGUUUGGGGCCUGGUACAGAUUAAUUGUAUUCAUAUUGAUUUCAACAAGAAGCCUUGCCUUGGCUUAAGAAUUGUUUUGAAUUUCAAACAGUGUUAUUGGGGCCAUUAAAUUGUACACUAUACACUGCUGUAGUUUUGAGAAAUGAUGGGUGGAUGCAUGGCAGUACAUAGUUCAUUCAUCCUGUUCAAGAAAUUCAGGCAUCUUCCAUCUUGCAGUAUACAGUACAUACAUAUGCAGAUGUACUUUCAUAAACAGCAAUCCGCCAUGUAAAACAGGCAGCCAGUGAUCAAUCAAAGUCGUUGACAAACACGUUCAUCUAGCAGUGAAAGCCUCUCGAAGAGCAGGGUGCAUGUCUGAAGGAGUUGCAUGCAUUUAUCCGGUUGGAGUCAAAGCCGCUGGGUCCACACGGUGACAACACAAUAAUGGAAGUGACAUAAUUUCACAGUUAAUGGGUGGGGCAGAAUGGAGGGUUAUAGAGGGUUGACUUAAUUUGCAUUCUGGUCACGAGAGCAGUGAACAUCAUGGUGUCUGCAGGGAGACAGAGUCUCUAGAAGUCUCCAAUAUCACCAUAAAAAGUCGCUAGAUUUGUGAUCAUCACCUAAAAUGUUCAUUUGCCUUUUUAAUUCCGAAAUAUUGGGCUGAGAGGAGGAGGGGGUGAGGACUGUUAAACAUAGCAACAAGGUUGCGAGUUACCGCUCACUUUGCUGCAUGGCUGACUUGAGCUCUGCCGUAUUUUGCAUUUGCAUGAGGAACACAGGUGUCAAACUCAAGGCCAGAUCCGACAUAAUUUAAUGUAGCCCGUGCGUCGACUUCAUGUUUCUUGCUAUAACACCAGAAUUGCAAAUUGUCUUCACUUUUGAUAGCCUUUAGAUAUUUCAAGAAUUUAAUGUUACAAAGUCCACUUUUGAAAUAAAUUGAAUAAGUUAAACAGAUUUUCUUAAAUGUCUUAUUUCAAAACUAGUAAUUCAUCAAUUUGAUGUAAAUAUUAUGUAACAUUAUGAAGGAAAUAUAUAGGGUUUCACACACUAUGAUGUGACUCGUAACAAAAAUGAUUUUGAAAUCAUCUGCUCUCUUCGCCCGACGUCCCAACUACCGCUGCUGCACCGGACUGCCUGCUCGAUCCCCGACCUCGGCAUAUAAUAAACGUUUCUCUUCUUGAACUACCUUGCGUCUUCCGAGUUCCUGCAUUUGGGUCCUACUCUCGUUCCGAUGGGACCUGACAGAACGAACUGGCCAUCACAGGACCCAGCAGGAAAGACCCGGCGUCGCCGGGACCGACGCAAGGUAGACCGUCUCCCGGAGGACCAAGCCUGUCCGAUCCGGUUAGGCUCCCUGACGUCCUCCGCUUCAGUGUCUUACGCUCCGCCAGCGAGUCAGUUUGUUUCACCUCCCCGCGUUUCCAGCACCCGACCGACUUCGCCCUGUAGGUCCAAGUACACCAAUCUGUACGAGGGAACCCGCUUGGCCAUCUACCCGGGACCUCCACGUGGCGGCCAGAGGAGACGCCCCGGCCGGGCGCUCCCUUAUGCCUCCCGCUGCGCGGCAACUAAGACACAGUCCUCCCACUCCUCGCCGGCAACGGCGAAGCCCGCAGACCCGCAGUUGGUGGCGAAGCUUCCAGCCCAGAGGGAGGAGGAGCCGCCAAAUCACGAGCCGUUCUACCGUGAAAUGCGGGCGGAGAUAGAGCAGCAGAGCGUCGAAUUGGCGGCUCUCACGGCCCAGGUCCAGCAAGGAUUGGCGAACCAGCCGAGCUACUCUGACGUCGCAACGGCGACGGACUCGCUGCUGAUGCAGGUUCACGUGGCAGUUGGAACUGACCCGCUUCCGAGACACGCCCACGUGUCAGUUUCGACUGACUCUCCGCCUGCUCAGGUUCACAUUGCCGUGGAAACCGACCCGCCCCCUUGCCAAGUGCAAGUCGCAGUGGGAACGGACUCGCCACCUCAAGUGCACGUUGCAGUGGGUACGGACUCGCCACCUCGCCAAGCGCACGUAGCUGUGGAAACUGACCCGCCUCCUCGCCAUUCCCACGUCGAGGUUUUGGCUGUUCCGAGCAGAGUUCACGCAACAGUCGGAACUGAGCCCCUCCCGAGACACGCCCACGUGUCAGUUUCCACUGACUCUCUGCCAACUCUCGUUCACGUUGCCCUGGAAACGGAUUCGCCACCGCGCCACGCCCACGUUGCUGUUUCAACGGAUGUACUGCAAGCUCACGUGGCAGUGGGGACCGACCCGAUGCCGCCUCACGUUGCUGUCCAGGAGGUGGCGACGUCUCCACAACCGCUUCUCGUCCGUGCUCUGGAGUACCAGUGGCGACCGGGCCGCGGACGCACCACACUCCUCCUUCGUCGGCGACCGUCCCGCGGACGCUCCACACUCCUGCUCUGUCGGCGAUGAGCACGUCCAUACGUUCUUGUCCAGGAGGUGGCGACGGUGACACUGACGCUGCCUUCUCACGUUGCUGUCCAGGAGGGGGCGAUGGUGUCGCCGCCUUUUCACGUUGCUGUCCAGGAGGGGGCGAUGGUCCAUUUGUGCGUGUUCAUAAAUUACAGUGGGGGUUUUUCAAUAAAAGUGUAUUUAAAUGGCACCAAAUCACAAGAGAACCUGUCUCAGGGCACUUUACACAUAGAGCAGGUUAAAAACUGUACUCCUCACAAUUUAAAAGAUGAACUGAAUCCCACAUGAGCAAUGGGGAACAGAGGCAAGUAAAAACUCUCUUUUGGAAAAAAAAAAAAAAAACCUUAAGCAGACCCAAGAGGGGGGCAGCCAUCUGUAUCAACCAGUUUCGUUAGGGAGUAGAAAAGGACAGAGGACAAAGACGGAAAAAAAAUCAAUUUCCACAAGGCAGACUUGAAUUUAUCUGGAGUUGAUUUGAUCCUCAAGAUUUGAUGGAAAGUGACUGUGGAUGGUGGAAUGCCCUUCCAGGAUGACCAGGCUAGCCUUGUUUUUCAGAGCAGGAUCCCGCAAACCAAUGACUCUGUGGAAGUGGUCCAACUUAGAUCUUGUCCAAGUUGGUCAGUGAGGAAUCCAUACAACAAAAAACUCAGAUUUGAGUUUGACAACUGUGUCCUAAACUCAUCAUAGAGCACUACCUCAGUUGAAAGCAUCUACAAUGCA